CACUUCCUAAAUACUCAGCAAGUUGUGCGCUCUUGGAAAGUUGGGCAGGCUGCUGACUUAAGGGAGGCAUCUCUUGUCUGGUGUCGGAUGCUUCUCAGGAAUGCAGCAGGACGUGUGAGAAGCCUGCUUCUGCUUAAGUAGGACAAGAUCAGUUUUCUUAUGUUGCCAUAUGUAGUUUAAAUCUAUUGUUGCGGGGGGUUCUUUGUAGGGAGAGUAUGUUAUCCAGGCUGCUUGUCCAAGAAGUCACUUUAAACUUCACAUCAUCGACCUACAAGGAUUAUUAGGAUAAGGAAAAGGCUGAGAUCUUCACGGCGACUUCUUCUGCACUAUGGGCUGCAGCAAGGUGCUGUGGGGGGUGGUGGGGGCGGCUGUCGUCAUCACGUUAAUAACGAUCACAGCGGUUUAUUUCAGCAAAUCUCAAGGUAUCAAAAGACCACUCACCCUUGAAGAUUACUUCAACGACACCAUUAGGUGGAGAUCCUACAAUCUGUAUUGGAUAUCAGACAAGGAGUAUCUGCAUAAAACAAGAGAUGGGGAUGUCAUGUUCCACAAUGCCGAAACACAAGAGGAGUCAAUAUAUUUGAAAAAUUCAGUCUUUGCAAAAGUGGAUGCCACAGAUUAUAUGUUGUCAGGUGAUCAUAAGUACAUCGCUUUUGAAAGCAAUUUCUCAAAGCAAUGGAGACAUUCCUACACCGCCUCUUACUCCCUCUAUGAAAAGGAGAGUUCAACAUUUAUUAUGCCUUCUAAUCUUCCAACCACUGUGCAGUACUUUUCCUGGGCCCCAACAGGAAGCAAAUAUGCCUUCAUCUCAGACUUCAACAUUUUUCUCACAUCCAAUGCCACUGCUGAACCUGUGCAGGUGACCCACAAUGGGGAAUACAAUAAAAUCCUUAAUGGUGUCCCUGACUGGGUUUAUGAAGAGGAAGUGUUUGCAUCAAACGGGGCAAUAUGGUGGUCAUCAACUGGAAAAUUCUUGGCUUAUGCAGAAUUUAAUGAUACAGAUGUUCACAAAGUGGAGUUCUCUUGGUAUGGAUCUGAGCAGUAUCCCAAAACAGUGGCUGUUCCAUACCCAAAGGCUGGAUCGAAUCUUACCACGGUGAAACUGUUUGUGAUUGACACCACAAAUCCGUCUCGCCGCACUCAGGUGGCCGCCCCCGCUUCUGUUGCUUCUAGUGAUCACAUAUUGUGCUCAGUGACCUGGGUUACAGAUGAACGCGUCGCUGUGGAGUGGCUCACGAGAAAACAAAAUUACGUGGUCGUACAGAUCUAUGACUUUGAUGGAAGCAACUGGAAAGAAAAACAGAAAUUUGAGCAAACAAGCAAGACAGGCUGGAUCGGCCAUUACAUGCCCUUACCACUUUUCUUUGCUGAAGAUAAACUCAGUUUCUAUAAAGUGAUGAGCAACACACAGGGCUACAAACAUAUUCAUUAUGUGAAAGACGGCAAAGCAACACCUAUUACCUCUGGAAAGUGGGAAGUCAUCUUCAUAUCCAAAUUAACAAAAGAGGCCAUAUAUUAUGUGAGUAAUGAGUACCAAGGAAUACCCGUAAAGAGGAAUCUUUACAAGGUUGUGAUUGGAAGCAGCCCCUCUGCCCCCCAGUGCCUCACCUGCGGCCAGUAUAAGGACAGGUGUCAGUACAACUCUGCUUACUUCAGCUUUAACGCCUCUUACUACCGAAUGGACUGCUAUGGACCUGGGUUGCCCCUCUACAUACUCAUGGACAACAGGGGCCAAGGGGCAGAGCUCUCCGUUCUUGAAGACAACAAGUUACUGGAAAAUAUUCUGUCAGAAUUCCAAAUGCCAACAAUGCAGUAUGGCACCCUAAAGAUUGCAGGAUUUGAUCUUUGGUAUCAAAUGAUGUUACCACCAAAUUUCAAGAAGUCUAAAAAAUAUCCUCUUCUUAUUGAUGUGUAUGGUGGCCCCUGCAGUCAGCGAGUGGACUAUCGCUUUAAGCUAAACUGGGCCACGUACCUCUCCAGUUCACACGGGUUCAUUGUCGCCAGCUUUGAUGGAAGGGGAAGCGGUUACCAAGGUGAUGAAAUAAUGCACGCUAUCUACAAGCGCCUUGGAACGUUUGAAGUGGAAGAUCAGAUAACAGCUGUGAGGAAAUUCAUCGACAUGGGUUUUAUCGACAAAGACCGAAUAGCAAUAUGGGGCUGGUCAUAUGGUGGUUACGUCACCUCAAUGGCCUUGGGUGCUGGAACUGGACUCUUCAAAUGUGGAAUAGCAGUUGCCCCAGUAGCCAAGUGGGAAUAUUAUGAUGCAGUAUACACUGAACGGUACAUGGGCAAGCCCACAGAGAAUUCAGAUGCUUAUAAAAAUUCCACGGUGGUGGCCAGAGCAAAGUACUUCAAAACAGUGGACUAUCUAUUGGUUCAUGGCACAGCAGAUGACAACGUCCAUUUCCAGCAGGCAGCACAGAUCUCCAAAGCUCUGGUGGACGAGCAAGUGGACUUCGAGGCGAUGUGGUACACUGACAAAAACCACGCUCUGCAAGGAUCAGCCUCCCGGCAUACAUACACCCUCAUGAGUCACUUCCUGCAGAAAUGCCUUCUCAGUCCCAAAUAGAUGUGAAGAAUGUGACAGCAUUUAUAGUGAACAUUACCACAGUUUUUGUGUAUAUUUUAUCUUACUGAAAUUUUGACGUGUCAGUUGAAAUAUGUGCAUUUGUUUUUAUGUGCAAUGGAUCUCUGAUUUCUAAUACAAAUUAGCAUUAUUUUGUAUUUUAUGUGGAAUUAUGGAAAAAUUGCUAAAAUGUCUGGCAUUUAAAACAUACUCAAAACCAUUGCAUGCAUGUAUGAUUUUUUAAAAUAUUAUAAAUAAUAACAUAUAAUAGCUACAAGGCACUGCACUGAUUUGUUAUGGAGCGUUUAAAUUUCUGAUGGAGUUAUGUUCUAAUGAAAGUGAAAUAAAUGUUGUUUUGAAAAAA